GAUCCAGCACGUUGGCGUAUGCCGUGCUCCAUUCCCGUUAUUCCCACUUCCCCCACUCUGCUAGUGCUAGCCCCGCGGAAUCUCCCCCAACCCCUCCCCUCUCUCGGCGUCGUCCUCCCUCUGACCCCCUCCCCACCGCUAGCAGCCAACAGCUCGCUGCCCAUUCUGCUUGCGCCGCGCUCCGUCCAGCGGCUCACCACGGGUUUACUAGAGGCGAGUAGGCGACCGGCCGGGCACUUCCAGUCCCGCACGGCAAUCCCCUCGCUUGCUUGCUUGGUCCUCCUCCUCCUCUAGCUGCGAGCAGCUGCUGCGUCUGCUCAUUUGUUCGCUUCUCCUUGGGCGACCUGUCGACCCCGACAUCGAACACGAGGGAGGCGAGCCGAGGGAGCAGAGGGUAUAAGAGAGCCCGGCCACCAGCGUCUUCAGUGCACGUCGUCGUCUCGUGCAGUCUUGAUUGGAGCUUGAAAGGAGGUGGGAGGAGGAGGAGGAGAGAUGGGGGAGGCAGCAGAGGCCAGCAAGACCCUUCACAACUGGAUGGGCGAGCCGGGGCAGGGGGACCGGGACGACGAGGAGAAGACGCUGCAGCUCAGCCUCGGGCUCCCCGGAGGGGGAGGAGGGCCGGCAGCCGCCUGGAGAGCGCCGGGCAGGGAGAAGGGGAGCCAUUCUGCUGCCGGCAGCUCCAUGCUCUCCCUCGGCUACUCCAACGCGGCUUUCUCUCCCUGCUCACAAGGCAAGGCAAAGGGGUCCCCAGCGGCCGCUACAGGGCAUGCCCUUCCGUCCACCAACAACGCCUCCCAGACAAGAUCUCCAAAUGCCCCAGUUAUCGGGUGGCCUCCAGUUCGUACAUUCAGAAGAAAUCUGGCUGCCUCUAGCAAAGCAUCCCUUGAUCACCAGAACGGGAAGAAGGCUGCCAAACCUGAAGAGACCAUAAAAAGAGCUCCAUUUGUGAAGAUUAACAUGGAUGGCAUUCCUAUUGGUAGAAAAAUCGACCUGAAUGCCCUUGAUAGCUACGAGAAUCUGUCUCUGGCUGUUGACAAGCUAUUCCGUGGACUCCUUGCAGCACAACAAGACCCUCUGCCUUCUGGUACAAGGAAGUGUCCGCAGGAAGAGGUGGCAAUAUCGGGUUUACUAGAUGGAAGCGGCGAGUACACUCUAGUUUAUGAGGAUUAUGAAGGUGACAGGGUGCUGGUUGGUGAUGUUCCCUGGGGGAUGUUUGUUUCUUCAGUGAAGAGGCUGCGAGUUCUGAAGACAUCUGACCUCUCUUCAUCUCUAACAGCAUCAGGCCGGAAAAGAGCGGUGGCUGAGUGCUGACACUGCCUGUGAUGUGCCGUGAAGAAGAAAACAUCUUCUGAGCUUGUAUCAAAUCAUCUUUCUUCUGGGCUCCCUUUCUUUUCCCUAAUUUCUUGGAAGGGAUCAUCGGUGCGCCGAGCUGAAGGGAUCAUCGGUGCACUGACCUUUUGGGUUUUAUGUUCUUAUUAUUCUGUUUCUGCCUAUGUCGAUUCAGAGAAGUGAUGUGUUGGGGCAAUUUGCCGUGAUGGUAUGUAAAUGUUCAGACGAAUCAGCGCCACACAUCAACGCUGUCUAAUUCUGUUUGUUGCCUGCAACCUACUGAUUACUCGUUC